AUGCAGGCUUUUGUUCCAAAGAAUCGGAGGAUCAUUGAUUUAAAUAAUGUUCCCCUCGUCAAUGGUACGGCCUUCGUUAAAUGGCGAUUACCGUCGUCAAGCAGCGCCGAACAUCAUGGACACACGGAUAAAGCGGUGAUUAUUGAUCACCGAGCAUACUGGAACUACGAGAAGACCCUGCAGGUUCGACUUACCAUCGACCGGAACCAGAGCUUGCACGACUGCGAGAUCCACUUCGAAAUUAUACAGGAGUUUGAGACCGGGGCUGGUGGCGAUACCAAGAACUUCCUCGGAAGGAUCCGGCUCAACCUCGCCGAAUACGUGGACAAGAGUGAUGAAGAUGAAGGCAUCGUGAGGAGAUACUUGAUGCAAGAUAGCAAAGUGAACAGCACUCUCAAAAUUGGGGUGGCAAUGCGUCAGGUGGAGGGCGAUCGCAGUUUUACGACACCCCCCUUAAAAUCAGCCAUGGUCUUCGGCGGUAUCGCAGGCGUCAUUUCUUCAGAACAGACUGAUCCGGACGAUUUAGGCCCACUACCGGCUAUCAACACCCAAAGCAGGGAAGCUGCUGACAUGCAGGAUAUGUAUCGCCGGACUUUGGCUGCUUCCUGGAACUGUCGCGGUGAUGAUGUACCUGCGGAUAAGCUGGUUGAGGACCUUUUCUCGGGGAGUAUCAGCUGGUGCAGUGAAGUCAAUAAUGCUCAAUCGAAUGUGACAACAGAAAGAGGACUCCAUCCAUCCCCUAGUGCCGUUACCAAAACUACGGCGGUGAAUAGGCUUUCGCCCAGCUUUGAAAGGCGGCCGAAAAGCUCAAGCAAUCAGUUUCGUAACGAAGGAAAAUCGUCCGAGUUUAGCCCGAGAAUCGGUCAUAGUAGGAAGAGUGGAAGCAUCGACCAACAGCUUUAUGGCACUGCGAAGGGCAAUGCUUGGAAGAACCGUAACAGUGAGCACGAACUUUCGGAGUUCGAUGUCCGUGAGGAUUUAAAGAGCUGGGAUAUCUGUAUGCUUUCGCGAUCUUCAAAAAACGUCGCGGGGCUUCUGGGCUGCCCGAUACCCCCUUCGUGCAGAAAAUGCUCGUCACCUUCAGCACUCUGGCUACGCAACGUUUUUGUCCGCUUCCAACAUACAGACGACGGCGAAUCGAAAAAUGAUACCACGCAAGAAGACCCCCGAAAUCCCCGAUACAGACGCAGAAGGCGCCCGACCGAACCAAAGAAGAAAUUUAGCAAAGUGCCGAUCAGCAUAACCUCUUUAGGAAAUCCUGCUGAAGUAGUUGUCGUGCCGUACCCAAAGCGUCGCUCAUAUGCCGAUACCCAAGGUUCAGAAGAGAACACCAGCGAGGGCGAUAAAGAUGCUCUCCCACUGUUUCUGCGCGAUGUAGAGGAUUUUGAUGAAAUGCCUGAUAACACUGUGAUAAAUGAACGAAUUGAAAGUUUUCGUGCCUCUUAUCAGCCACGAGAUAGGUUGGCUCUCUCCGACUGGGAGAAUCUUCGAAGAGAAAUUCAGUCAUCGUUUAACCUCCAGCAAUUAUCCGACUACAUCGAACAAUUUAAAAAGAACGAGAGAGUGGCGGGUGAAGGACGGAUGCCUGAUGGAGAAGCAAAUACUGCACAAUGGAAGCCGGGGACUUCGGCUUUCUUUGAAACGGGACCGUUUUCCACGGUGGGAGACGCUAAAAGGGUUGCGGCUUCGCCGGAAGAACUGAGAGGCAAGUAUUUGGUGACUGAAAGAAUUCUUCGCGAUUGCUGGCAGCUUGGGAUCGUUGGCGAAGUAGGCCAGCUCGACAUACGUCUUCCUUUCCACUCGCUAUCGUUACUUCUCUACUCCGAACACUUCUCCCUCGAGGAAUUAGCCACUCUCCAUGGAUCGAAAAUUGAUGUAACGCAUUCGCUUGGCCUUAUACGAAUUACCGGAAAGCAGCACCCUUGUGAAUCCAUCCGUGAGAUUAUAUACGAUGCCACAAACAGGAUCCGAGAGGAGGAACUUGAACUACACUCUCCCGGCACUAAGUCAAAGGGCAAAAACCGUGUUUUUACUGCCGAUUUCUUGUCCUGGGUCAGUAGGACAUACGGGGUGUCAUUCGAUCAGGUCACCAAUACACCAAAUAAGAUGUUCUACCUUGCCGAGAACAAACCAAUUGCGGACAGUGCUCGGCGGACAUUAAAUCUGGCAGUCCACGAUGCAACACAACCUCCAGUACCAUUUGGCACAUAUAUGCCAGCCUCAGAGCCCAUCGACAUAUACGACUUCGAUCCCGGACUCAAUGUCUCAUGGUUCGAUCGGCAGAAACAAUGGUUCCGAUGGGCCAUACCAUCAGCACAAACAACCGUAUCAAGCUUCUACGAAACACCAUUCUUCACCAAACACGAAACACGUCUAUCAGAUGAACUCCUCAAACUCCUUAGAAUAUCCCGCACCCGAAUCAGCAACGCCGAAGCCCACGAGAGCAUAACAGCUGCCGUUGGCCGCUGUCUUUUCCAGCGCCAGCCAUUCGAAGACAAAACCAUCAGCGCAGCCCAACUAGGCAAAAUGGCUCUUCCUCGAUCCUUCACCACUGAUAUCCCCCGCGUAAUGCCAUUCAUGCACCAGUUAUCGUCCCAUAUACUCGACCAAGAAAUCGAGCCCCACCGCGUCCGCCUAGUCCCCUCUGUAAUCCACGCCAACAUCUUCCCCUCCAUCGAACUGGAAAUCGCCGUCACCCAUUCCGGGUUCGAGACCGAAUACAAAGUGCAGAGUGCCAAGGCCCUCCUCUCAGAAAGCAGCGUCGACUAUCUCCUUCCAGAAUGUGCCUUGGAUCUCCGCUUCACCCGGAAGCUUACCCAUGACUUACUGGGAGCCUUUGACAAUCAUGGUCCCUUAGAACCACUGCAGGAGACCCUGCGGGAUUUCUUCUCCAAAGCGAUGAUCUACGAAGGUGACACACCUCUCCCGGCCUUCUCUCGAAUCUCCAUUCCAAACUAUCUCUUGGCUGAGUCGGGCGAAACCCGCGACCCGGAUGGCCAUACAACAGCGGAGUACAUGUAUCUGCCUGUGAGGGAUACCCGGGGCAUGCGUCUCCAUCAAUAUGAUUAUAACAACCACAGGCUUAACUACUCUUUCUAUGAGAGCGGGCCUUUUAGUCCGCACCACACGACUGAUGUGUUCCUAGAUAUGGAUGUAGCGGAUAAGUCGAAGGAGUCUCCUCCUGAGGGUCUUGAUACCCAGGUGUCUGUUCAGCAGAGAUUCAAUUCUUUCUAUAAUACCGCUUGCUCUCUAGCGUUUAACUUGGAUAAGUCGUGGCGUGAGGUGUGA